ACCACGUCGGUCGUAUUCUCGGUACCCUGCGCACCUCGCCGAGCGACCCCGUCGACGCGAGUCGGCGCCAUCUUGCACCCGGGCAUUCCGACCACCCUCUAGGGAGCGAAGGGACCGGGAACUCGGGAGAGAGCGGCCGCCCAGAUCGUGCCGCCAGAAGUAGUCCGUCCGCCGCCGACUUUGGUUGCCACCGAGAACCCACGAAAAACCGACGACGACCCUGCUCUAGCAAACUCUCGAGCCCCGAGAGUCAUCACCAGGGACACCUCCGGACGACCCAGAUCCGGUGAUCCAGGAUGCCGAAGCCGAAGCCUCAGGAGGGGGAGGAUCCCGACCCAACCCCGUACCUCUUCGUCUCCCUCGAGCAGAAGAGAAUCGACCAGUCGAAGCCCUACGAUGCGAAAAAGGCUUGCUGGGUACCCGACGAGAAGGAUGGAUACCUCCUUGGGGAGAUCAAGGCGACCAAGGGGGACGUCGUCUCCGUUGGCCUGCCUGGCGGCGAGACCAAAGACUUCAAGAAGGACCAGCUGCAGCAGGUGAACCCGCCCAAGUACGAGAAAUGCGAGGACAUGUCCAACUUGACCUACCUGAACGACGCUUCCGUUCUUCACAACUUGAAGCAGCGUUACUACCACAAGCUGAUUUAUACCUACUCUGGCCUUUUCUGCGUGGCCAUCAACCCUUACAAGAGGUACCCCGUGUACACCUCGAGGUGCGCCAAGCUGUACCGUGGUAAGAGACGUAGCGAAGUCCCACCUCAUAUCUUCGCCAUCUCCGACGGAGCUUACGUCAACAUGCUGACCAACAGCGAAAACCAGAGUAUGUUGAUCACCGGUGAGUCUGGUGCCGGUAAGACUGAGAACACGAAGAAGGUAAUCGCGUACUUCGCCACCGUUGGUGCCUCCACCAAGAAGUCGGAGGAGGCCAGCGACACCAAGAAGGGCUCCCUAGAAGACCAGGUCGUCCAAACUAAUCCCGUACUUGAGGCGUUCGGUAAUGCCAAGACCGUCCGUAACGACAACUCUUCUCGUUUCGGUAAAUUCAUCCGUAUUCACUUCGGUCCUUCCGGAAAACUGGCCGGUGCUGACAUCGAGACCUACCUGUUGGAGAAAGCUCGUGUCAUCUCCCAACAAUCUCUGGAGCGGUCGUACCAUAUUUUCUACCAGAUGAUGUCGGGUUCCGUUAAGGGUUUGAAGGAGAUGUGCUGUCUCUCGGACAACAUCACCGACUACUACUUCGUCUCUCAGGGAAAGACGACGAUUCCCAACGUCGAUGACGGCGAGGAAUGCACUUUGACCGACCAAGCCUUCGACGUACUUGGUUUCACUCAAGAGGAGAAGGACAACAUUUACAAGAUCACCGCUGCCGUCAUGCACAUGGGUGGCAUGAAGUUCAAGCAGAGAGGUCGCGAAGAACAAGCCGAAGCCGACGGUACCGAGGAAGGUGAACGCGUCGCCAAGCUAUUGGGCUGCGACUGCCAGGACUUGUACAAGAACUUGUUGAAGCCCAGGAUCAAAGUCGGUAACGAGUUCGUCACCCAGGGUCGUAACAAGGACCAGGUCGCCUACUCCGUCGGUGCCAUGUCGAAGGCCAUGUUCGACAGGGUCUUCAAGUGGCUGGUGAAGAAGUGUAACGAGACCCUAGACACCAAACAGAAGCGCCAACAUUUCAUCGGUGUCCUGGAUAUCGCUGGUUUCGAAAUCUUCGACUACAACGGCUUUGAGCAGCUCUGCAUCAACUUCACCAACGAGAAGUUGCAGCAGUUCUUCAAUCACCACAUGUUCGUACUCGAACAAGAGGAGUACAAAAAGGAGGGCAUUGAUUGGGAGUUCAUUGACUUCGGCAUGGACUUGGCCGCUUGUAUCGAACUUAUCGAAAAGCCCAUGGGUAUCCUGUCGAUCCUUGAAGAAGAGUCUAUGUUCCCGAAAGCCACCGACAAGACCUUCGAGGAGAAGUUGAACAACAACCAUCUGGGCAAGAGUCCUAACUUCUUGAAGCCGAAACCGCCGAAGCCCGGUCAACAGGCGGCUCACUUCGCCAUCGGCCAUUAUGCCGGCAACGUACCAUACAACAUCACCGGCUGGCUGGAGAAGAACAAGGACCCGUUGAACGACACGGUAGUCGACCAGUUCAAGAAAUCCACCAACAAGUUGCUGGUUGAGAUCUUCGCUGAUCAUCCUGGACAGUCCGGUGACACCGGCGGUGGCGGCGGCGGAAAGGGAGGUCGUGGAAAGAAGGGAGGUGGCUUCUCCACGGUGUCCUCGUCCUACAAGGAACAGCUGAACAACCUGAUGACCACCCUGAGGGCGACCCAGCCUCACUUCGUCCGUUGUAUCAUCCCCAACGAGUUGAAGCAACCGGGCGUGAUCGAUUCCCACCUGGUGAUGCACCAGCUCACCUGUAACGGUGUACUUGAAGGCAUCCGUAUCUGCCGUAAAGGGUUCCCCAACAGGAUGGUCUACCCUGACUUCAAGCUCCGAUACAAGAUCCUGGCGCCUCAAGCGGUCGACAAAUUAGCGAGCGACCCGAAGAAAGCUGCCGAAGCCGUUCUGGUUGCCGGAGGGCUAGAGCCGGAUCAGUACCGUCUAGGACACACCAAGGUGUUCUUCCGUGCCGGAGUCCUGGGUCAGAUGGAGGAGUUGCGAGACGAGCGACUCAGCAAGAUCGUCUCCUGGAUGCAAGCCUUCGUCAGGGGUUACCUGUCCCGCAAGGAGUACAAGAAGCUCCAGGAACAGCGCCUUGCCCUCCAGGUGGUACAGCGGAACCUCCGCAAGUACCUCCAACUCCGCACUUGGCCCUGGUGGAAGCUCUGGCAGAAGGUCAAGCCUCUGCUCAACGUCACUCGCAUCGAAGACGAGCUCGCCAAAUGGGAGGAAAAGGCCCGCGUCGCCCAGGAAGCCUUCGAGAGGGAGGAAAAGGCCCGCAAAGAACUCGAGGCCCUCAACACCAAGCUCCUCGCCGAGAAGACCGACCUCCUCAAGCAGCUCGAUGGCGAGAAGGGCUCUCUCUCCGAGUUCCAGGAGAAGGCCUCCAAACUGGCUGCUCAGAAGUCCGACCUGGAGUCCCAAGUCAUGGAUGCCCAAGACAGACUCCAGCAGGAAGAGGACGCCAGGAACCAGCUGUUCCAGGCUAAGAAGAAGCUGGAGCAAGAGGUCGCCGGACUGAAGAAGGACGUCGAGGACCUCGAGCUCAACAUCCAAAAGUCCGAGCAGGACAAGGCCACGAAGGACCACCAGAUCCGUAACCUGAACGACGAGAUCGCCCACCAGGACGAGCUGAUCAACAAGCUGAACAAGGAGAAGAAGAACCAGGGCGAGGUCAACCAGAAGACCGCCGAGGAGCUCCAGGCGGCCGAGGACAAGAUCAACCACCUCAACAAAGUCAAGACCAAGCUGGAGCACACCCUUGACGAGCUCGAAGACUCCCUCGAGCGCGAGAAGAAACUUCGCGGCGACGUAGAGAAGACCAAGAGAAAGGUCGAGGGUGACCUGAAGCUGACCCAGGAGGCCGUGGCCGACCUCGAGAGGAACAAGAAGGAGCUGGAGCAGACCAUCCAGCGCAAGGACAAGGAGCUCGCCUCCUUGACCGCCAAGCUCGAGGACGAGCAGUCGGUCGUGGGCAAGGGCCAGAAGCAGAUCAAGGAACUCCAGUCGCGCAUCGAGGAGCUCGAGGAAGAGGUCGAGGCCGAGCGCCAGGCUCGCUCCAAGGCGGAGAAGCAGCGCAGCGAGCUCGCCCGCGAACUCGAGGAGCUGGGUGAGAGACUCGAGGAGGCCGGAGGUGCCACCUCUGCCCAGAUCGAGCUCAACAAGAAGAGGGAGGCCGAGCUCAGCAAGCUCCGCAGGGACCUCGAAGAGGCCAACAUCCAGCACGAAGCCUCGCUCGCCAACCUCCGCAAGAAGCACAACGAUGCCGUCGCCGAGAUGGGAGAGCAGAUCGAUCAGCUCAACAAGCUCAAGGCUAGGGUCGAGAAGGAGAAGGUUCAGUACUUCAGCGAGUUGAACGACCUCCGUGCGACCGUCGACCAUCUCACCAACGAGAAGGCCGCCCAGGAGAAGAUCGCCAAGCAGAUGCAGCACCAGCUGAACGAGGCCCAGGUCAAGCUCGAGGAGGUGAACCGCACGGUGAACGACUUCGACGCGGCCAAGAAGAAGCUGUCGAUCGAGAACAGCGACUUGCUCCGCCAGCUGGAGGAGGCCGAGUCCCAGGUGAGCCAGCUCUCGAAGAUCAAGAUCUCGCUGACCACCCAGCUCGAGGACACGAAGAGACUGGCCGACGAAGAGGGUCGCGAACGCGCCACUCUCCUCGGCAAGUUCCGCAACCUCGAGCACGACUUGGACAACAUCCGCGAGCAGCUGGAGGAGGAGGCCGAGGGCAAGGCCGACCUCCAGAGGCAGCUGAGCAAGGCAAACGCCGAGGCCCAGCUCUGGAGAACGAAGUACGAGUCCGAGGGUGUGGCACGCGCCGAGGAACUCGAAGAAGCCAAGCGCAAACUCCAGGCUCGCCUGGCCGAGGCCGAGGAGACCAUCGAGUCGCUCAACCAGAAGGUGAUCGCCCUCGAGAAAACGAAGCAGCGCCUCGCCACCGAGGUCGAGGAUCUUCAACUCGAGGUCGACCGCGCCACGGCGAUCGCCAACGCCGCCGAGAAGAAGCAGAAGGCCUUCGACAAGAUCAUCGGCGAAUGGAAGCUCAAGGUCGACGACCUCGCCGCCGAGCUCGACGCCAGCCAGAAGGAGUGCCGCAACUACAGCACGGAGCUCUUCAGGCUCAAGGGUGCCUACGAGGAGAGCCAGGAACAGCUGGAAGCCGUUCGCCGGGAGAACAAGAACCUCGCCGACGAGGUCAAGGACCUGCUGGACCAGAUCGGAGAGGGUGGACGCAACAUCCACGAGAUCGAGAAGGCCAGGAAGCGCCUGGAGGCUGAGAAGGACGAGCUCCAGGCGGCUCUCGAGGAGGCCGAGGCCGCUCUCGAGCAGGAGGAGAACAAGGUCCUCCGCAGUCAGCUCGAGCUCAGCCAGGUCAGACAAGAGAUCGAUCGACGCAUUCAGGAGAAGGAGGAGGAGUUCGAGAACACGAGGAAGAACCACCAACGAGCUCUCGACUCGAUGCAAGCUUCCCUCGAGGCGGAGGCUAAGGGCAAGGCAGAGGCUCUGCGCAUGAAGAAGAAGCUCGAGGCCGACAUCAACGAGCUGGAGAUCGCCCUGGACCACGCCAACAAGGCUAACGCCGAGGCGCAGAAGAACAUCAAGCGGUACCAACAGCAGCUGAAGGACGUGCAGACCGCCCUGGAAGAGGAGCAACGCGCAAGGGACGAGGCUCGCGAACUCCUCGGCAUCUCCGAGCGUCGCGCCAACGCCCUGCAGAACGAACUCGAGGAGAGCCGCACUCUUCUGGAACAGGCUGACCGCGGUCGCCGACAGGCCGAACAGGAACUCGGCGACGCCCACGAGCAACUCAACGAGCUGAGCGCCCAAAACGCGUCCAUCUCGGCAGCCAAGAGGAAAUUGGAGGCCGAACUCCAGACGCUGCACUCCGAUCUCGACGAGCUGCUUAACGAGGCGAAGAACUCCGAGGAGAAGGCGAAGAAGGCCAUGGUGGACGCAGCCCGAUUGGCCGACGAACUCCGGGCGGAACAAGAUCACGCACAGACCCAGGAGAAGCUGCGCAAGGCCCUCGAGACGCAAAUCAAGGAGCUCCAGGUCCGCCUCGACGAGGCCGAGGCCAACGCCCUGAAGGGAGGCAAGAAGGCCAUCCAGAAACUCGAACAGCGCGUCCGCGAGCUGGAGAACGAACUCGACGGAGAACAGAGGAGGCAUGCCGACGCCCAGAAGAACCUCCGCAAAUCGGAGCGCCGCAUCAAGGAGCUCAGCUUCCAGGCUGACGAGGACCGCAAGAACCACGAGCGCAUGCAAGACCUGGUUGACAAGCUGCAGCAGAAGAUCAAGACGUACAAGAGGCAGAUCGAGGAGGCGGAGGAAAUCGCCGCGCUGAACCUUGCGAAAUUCCGCAAGGCGCAACAGGAGCUGGAAGAAGCCGAAGAGAGGGCGGACCUCGCGGAACAGGCGAUCACCAAGUUCCGCACCAAAGGGCGCGGAGGAAGCGCAACCCGUGGCCUCAGCCCAGCGAACCAGAAGGGUCGCAAGGCGCCCACCCUGGAGUAGCCCGCUAACGCCGGUCCAUCCACACCGACCUGCGUUCAAACCCCAGCUCGACGGUUCCGCAUUCCCGCCACGCUUCGACCUACAGCCCGAUGGUGAUUUCUAAGCCGGCGACAGAUCGACAUCCUCAUCGAGAAGCCUCGUCCUUCUUCCACCGCGCCCGAGCGAUCACCGAUUGACCGACAAAACAAAGGGAGAAAUGAAGGAGGAGCCGAAGCACGUGCGUCCGUUUCGUUCUGGAAGCAGCGCCGCCGACCUCGAGGAUCCUUGAAGAGGACCUCGAGGAGAAACAGCGGCCGGAUCGGACCUCGACCUACCUAAAUCGAGACAAAGGUCGUUAGAGAACGACGAAACGACGACGAAGGACUCGCCGAACGAGGGCGACGAAACGGACGGACGGCGAGCAGCUCCCCGGAAGGACGAGGACAUGGACAGCGUCAGAAAGAGAGAAAGAAAGAGAGAGAGAGAGAAUGAGAGAGAACGAGAAUGAGAGAAGAGGGACACGUCGGAAGAGGAGUUACAGGAAGUCGAACGAAGAGGGAGACAUAUAUACUUAUAAACAGGCGGGACACGCACGGAAACGCGAAUCCACUAUUGAAAACAGGCACGAGCGAACGCUAUUGUCGUCACCGCGCGGAUACACUGUCCUAUCCUAUAUGAAGUAAUUUAAUUUAUAAACUACGCAAUAUGUAUUUAUUAAAGUAACUAAGCAAUAAAAAGGUAAAGGUAAGAACUCAAUCCCGUAAUAUGUACGGAAGGUGCGCGGUGCAAGCUGGACGCGGAAUAGAACCGAAAGUGUCCCGGUCGGUCCCGCGAGGGCCCGGAAGAGUCCCCGAGGACCCCAGGGGUCCCGGGGACCCUUCCCAGGGGAUCCCUCGGUCGCCCACCGACGUGUAUGUACAUAUGUAGUAUCGAGAUGCCGUGGCAAUGUUCUGUAUGUUUACAUGUACCCUCGCAAGCGACUGUAAAACCCAAUAAACGUGCGUGCACCCGUU